AAAAGAGGUAAAUCAAUGGUCUAUCCAUUAUUAUUUCAUUACCAACUUUCAAACCAGUUUAACUUUCGACUCAGUCCAACUCAACUCCAACCAACAAAAUGCGAUUCUUAGUAAUCUUGUCUCUUGCUUUAUGCAUUGUUUUUGCCUAUGGUGCCAGUGUUGACCGGUCAAAGCGUGAUAUCCAAGAAGAUAUGGAAAACAUCAUCGCUGAGAUACAAAAAAAUGGAAUUGGUGCUAUUGGUGGUAAAAUCACUGAAUUUGCUCAUAACUUCAAAGAUCGCAUAACUUCAUGGCAUUGUCCAGAUGUCUUUGAGAUACUCAAUGCCAUGAAUAAAGAUGAGCUUGGUAAAGUGGCUCGACUUUAUUUCGUUAGUGCUGUUUGUGGUGUAUUGCACUUGCAUUAACCUUUUCUGUUGGUUAUAUUCACUCGUAAGAUUUUUUUCCAGAUUCCCCCAAAUUUCCAACUUAAGACUAAUAUAUCAUUCGAAAUAUUAUAUUUAAAUUCUUGUAUCAACUGUUUGAAAUGUUUAUCCUUAAAAUGAAUUCAAGAUAAUUAAACGAAUAAAAAUGUUGCAAAUUACAA